GGAGAUCGAAGACAUCCAGCCACUUAGACAAGGAGAAAAGUGGAUGCUCACUUCUGUCGUCUCACUCUUGACGCUGGGAAAUACAAAUCAUCGGGUGGAGGAAAGGCUUCAGGAACGAGUUUGUGGCUUUUAACUGAGAGACCAAGCAUACCCAACAGUAUGCGGUGCAGUUAUGGCAGGCAAGGGUAAGACAGUCGUGAGGACGCUGGAGGAUUUAACGCUUGAUUCUGGUUAUGGUGGAGCCGCGGACUCGGUCAGGUCGUCCAGCGUGUCGCUGUGCUGCUCCGACACGCAUCAGUCCUUCUCGCAUGGGGGCAACUGCUGGCAUCUGACCGAAUCCAUGCACAGCAGACACAACAGUUUGGACACAGUCAACACCGUCCUGGCGGAGGACACGGAGAUACUGGAGUGCUCGGGUCAGUGCGCCAAGCUGCCCGAGCUGGAGGACGUGCCAUGGAGCCUGGGCGAGGUGGAGGGCGCACUGAGGAAGGACGAGGAGCUGAUGGUGGGCGAUCCUCCGCCGGAGGUCCUGGCGCGACUGUCUGCUCUCAUCAGCCGCGUUCUGGUGAGGGUGGCCCGGGAGGCGCAGCGGCUCAGCCUGCGCUACGCCAAGUGCACCAAGCACGAGAUCCAAAGCGCCAUCAAGGUGGUGCUCUCAUGGACCAUCUCCGUCAACUGCAUCACGGCGGCUCUGAGCGCCCUGUCCCUCUACAACAUGAGCACCGGGGACAAGUUCAGCCGAGGCAAGUCUGCGCGCUGCGGGCUGGUGUUCUCCGUGGGGAAAUUCUUCAGGUGGAUGGUGGAUAGUCGGGUGGCGCUCCGGAUCCACGAGCACGCUGCCAUCUACCUGACCGCCUGCAUGGAGAGUCUGUUCAGAGAGGUGUUCAGCCGCGUCCUGCGCAGCGCGCUGGUGGAGAGGGACAACGGGAUCCCCAAGUUUACGCUGGAGUCACUGGAGCAAGCCAUCAGCAACGACUCGGAGAUCUGGGGUCUGCUGCAGCCCUACCAGCACCUCAUCUGUGGCAAGAAUUCCAGUGGUAAGAAAAGAGUGUGCCAGUCAGUGGUGAUUUAUUAAUAAGUCUGGACACUCUUUAGUCACCAUAUGGUCUGGUGCUGCAGGCUUAUGUGUGUUCACCGCAAAAUCCAACAUAUGAGUCAAAUCAUCAGUCAGAUCCCCCCUGAAACAAGCAAAGUGUUUCCCGUGGAUGUUCACAUGUCUCAGGAAAUGUCUAGAAACAAGUGGCUGUGUCUUUGAACAAGGCAGAAGGGUUGAAUCAACUGGAGGCUUCAUCCAGGAAAACACAAUAUUUCUUUUUCAAAAAUCAAACCACAUUCAUUUCAAUUUGUCUUGUGGACAACAAAGCUGCAUAUUGGAUUAAAGCAAUAUUUCUGCAGCACACAGUGGCAGUCUGCUCGGCGUAGGCUUUUUGGGAAAGUAAUACGACUAUAAACUGUAUAAUUAAGCAGGGGAAUUACCACCGCUGAUAUUGCUGUGUAAUUCCACCCCCAAACAAAAGGACUUGACAGUUUGUUGAAUAUUUAUUACCUUCAGCUUAGACCUCCAGGCCCACUUCUGAAACAGGAACUGAGCACUGUAUCUUGGCUAUCAAAGCCCCGCAGCGACAAGUCAGAAUUGGUAUUUAUGGUUGAAAAACAUCAAACAAGCUCUAACUUCUGUUUCUUUGAAGCUAUUGUGUUCUUAACUGUCAUUAGAAGGAAGAAUGUUAACGUAAAUGAUUUUUUUUUGUUGACAUAGUGGUGCAUUUGUGCAUCACGACGUGCGUGCCAUGAUUUUUGCAGAAACAGGUUUUUGUGUUUAUUUCGUGUACUGGCCUUGUUGAUAAUGCUACUGUCUCACUCCAGAAGGUGUAAGCUGUCAGUGUGGGCUGGCCCUCUUAUCCACGGCCCUGAAUGAGUUGGCUGAAACUAUAAAGCAGAAGGGACUUGAAAUGCUAUUCUGCAACUGAGAGCCAAACUGGGCCAAGCAAUGUUGACCAAAAGAAAAAUCAUAUUGCAACUCUUUGGCGAGCUGGUGCAGCGUGACUGCUCUCGUAGCUUUACUGAGGUGAAAGGACGAGGUGCUGGGGUGAGUUCAAAGGAGAGCGUUUGCAAAUGGGAAGCCUUUCUUGUGGGUGAUUCAUCCAUGAUAGCACCAGAGAGAAAAAAAUUGAUCCUGAAAUAGCACCUGGUGACGUGAAGCCACCUCAAAUGUAAUGUCAUGGAUGCAGGUUGUUUCCUGUGAUUCACACCUCUGGUCUUGGUGAUAUCCAACAAUAACACCUAAUACAUCAGUCACAGUCAGUUGUUUGAUGAAAAAAAAAAACGAUAACUCUACUUUGAGGAGACAUUUUUCUGCACAAAAUGUGAAUUUCUAUGAAUCACAGGAAAGAUCAGAUGGAACUUUAUCGACCACUUUGGUCGGGUACCUCAGGGAAACAGUUUAACUGAGCAACUCUAGGUUUUGGAUGUUGGGUGAUGCUUCCCAUUUUUUAAAUUUUUAAGUAGACAAAACAAAUAAUUGAGGAAAAAAAAGGUUGAUAUAUGGACCAAUGUAGUCUGAGCAGUUAAAUAUAUAUAAGGAUCUGCGAUUAAAGCUCAUGGUACUUCUCAAGAAUUCAUUUCUAACUUUAAAUUACCACUAGUGGUGGACGACUUGUCUAAAAACAACCGUUUAUCACUGCAGGACUCAGUGAAUUCCACAUUUUUGCCAUUCAGAAAAGCUACAUUUUUCAAUCAAUCCUUCACAAAUGUAAUAUUUCUUUUGCAGGUUAUUAUAAUAUGGCAUGAAUUGGAGAAAAUUACUUAGAAUAUUGUGGUGAAAAUGAAAUUUUUUUCACUUCAAAUUGCACAGCAGGCUGCUUUAUAGACUGCCGGUGGACAAUUUUAACAUUUUUUUCAUAGAUCCAACUGUUAAUCAAGGAAGUAACUAGUAGAUGAAUCAUUAAUGAAAAUAAUGUUCCGGUGCAGCGAACAUAAUCAGAGUAAAAGUUAAGUAAUUGUCUACAUUGUUGAUUCAUUUUUCUGUUCUUCUGUUGAAUAUCGAUCCACUUUUUUAUCAUAAAGUGUUAAAGAAAUUGUAAAAUACAUCUAAUCAUAGUUCCCCAGAGCCUGAGCUGAGGCCAACUUUAGUUUGUCUGUCCAAUCCCAAAAGAUAUUCAAUCUGCAAUGAUAUAAAACAGCAAAUCCUGAGGUUAGACUGGCUCCACUUUCUGCCUAUCAGACAACAGAGUUAGCUAAAUAUACCCCUCCCUCCCUCCCUCCCUCACUCCUCCUCGUUCAUGUCUUUAUUUUACGCUGAGAUUCGACCCGCUGCUGUACACGACCGCUUUGUCUUGAAAUGGUACUUCUCUGUGGAUGGGAUGCCGAGCCAAGCAUGCAUCCCCCUCCGCUCCUCCUCCUCCUCCUCCUCCUCCUCCUCCUGCGUGGAGCACAUCAUUUCCUGAUGGUGCAGAGGAGGCUACAAUGUGCACUCACACAAACCAGCAUGAUGUCAUUCUGUGACAGCGAGGCAAAAACGUGACGACUGAAAAUGUGCCGUUUUGUUUCUGACCCCGCCGUCUUCAUCAAACGUUGUCAAGAUGCUGUGCUGUUUUACGACGGUACUUAAAAUAGGAUCAUAUCAGACUGAAUUGCCAGAUGUGCAGCCAAAUAAUUAAGCAUCCUUAAUCACACAUUAACAGUCAUUGAAGUGUCUGUGAUUUGUUCUAGUAUUUUUUUUCUUCUUUUGUGUGUGUGUGUGUGUGUGUGUGGCUUUGGUAAUAGGAAUGAUAUUUAGGGUGAGAAACGCAGCCUCCUGUCUAAAAUUUCGCCUGAGGAACAAAAGCAAUACAGCACAUAAUGACUAAAUCCACAUUGCUCUGCACUCCCACUGACCAUACGUGACAGCCUCUUUGCUCUGACUAAUGAGCAGAGCAAAACUGAAGCUUUUCUUCACCGCCUUUGUUUCCAGAGGUACAUGCUGCUGUCCGACCUGAGCGUUCAGAACAGAAAUUCUAACGUUUACUAUUACAGGGGGGAACAGAAAGACAGUGUGAGUGAAAGGAUUGGAAAGGAAAAGCAUUUUCAAAGGCUUAAGCUGCUGAAAAUCUCUCCAUUUGAUUGGCUUAUGUUCUUUACUAAUAUCAAUACCAACACUUCUUCUGAAACUGGUCACACCUUUAUACAGUUAACUGCUGGGGGUGGAGGACUAGUUGGAAAUUAUAAGUGAAAAUGAAAACAAUAAAUUACAUUUACAUCAACUUUUCCGUUUGUCAUUGCCUCGAUGAAUAAUUUCAAUAAGGAUUUUUGAUUACUGCCCUCCAAAACCCCUCAAAUUAUUAUGGAAAUGAAUAAAAUGAGUCUUUUCUGAUCACA